AUGAUUCAACCAAGCCGAAUACAACCAACAGCACGCUAUUCUGUGCAAGAAUGUACAGAAAUACCUUCGUUCGGUCACUACAUGUCGUCACUUUUAUGCACGCAUAUUUUUUUAGGAAACGUCGAUGGGAAAUUCGAUGCAAAUGAUUUGAGUAUUUAUUUCGAAAAAUUGGGUAUAAAACUCGGUUCAGAUGACGCCUCAAAAUUAAUACAAAAAAUGGAUCAAGACGGGUCAUUAGAAAUAACUUAUGACGAAUGGAGAAAUUUCUUUUUAUUGAAUCCAGCAAUAGGAGAGCAAAACCCUAGUGAAAUGUUACAAUACUGGCGUGCAGCAUCGCAUUUUGAUUUCGGCGAAGCAAGUUUUACGGUUCCUGAUGUAGUGAUUAAAGGUAUUAUUAAUAUGAAAUUAGUAAUACAUGUAACAGGUAGUUGACUGACUGGUUUCUUUUCAGGGGGCAAGUGGUGGACGAACCUUGUAGCUGGUGGAUGUGCCGGG